GAGCCUCUCAGACACUGCCGGGAAGAAGCAUCACGUACAGCGUACACGUGAGCCGUCAGUUUCACCGCUGCUUCCUGCUGCCCAUGUUUUCAUCUGAGCCCCGGUCCGCGGCGCGAGGAGAUGUGUCCGCGUGGUUGUGGGAAGACAGAGUGUUUUUCAUGACAAAACUUAGACAAGAGACAACAUGGUCAACUGCAUCUUCAUCAGCAUUUCCUGCUCUUAAACACAACAUCUGAGAGCUGUACGCUACUGAGGCCGACUCAAUGUCUGCCAUGUUUCCCGAUGCCCUGGAAGCAGCAGGGCGAGUGGAGGGCCUGCCUCUGUCCUCCCCACAACCUCUUCCAGAGCUCGAGGAGGAGGAUUCAGCAGAUAGAGGGCCAAAGAGAAGAGGUCGCUACCGGCAAAGCCUGCAGCUUCUUAAGCCCUUCAGGAUAACUCACAAGCACCAGCACCCAGUUGAUAACGCCGGCCUCUUCUCAUUUAUGACCCUGCACUGGCUCUCCCCGCUGGCAGUGAAGGCCUACAAGGCGUCCAGCUUGUCUAUAGAUGAUGUGUGGGGACUGUCUUGCCAUGAAGCGUCUGAAAUCAACUGCCAAAGGCUCGAAACUUUGUGGCACGAUGAGCUGAAAAGACGAGGACGAGAGGGGGCGUCCCUGACGAGAGUCUUCUGGAGGUUCUGCCAAACCCGCAUGCUGGUGGCCAUCUUUUCCCUCCUUAUAACAAUGGUGGCAGGGUUUGUUGGACCCGCUCUCCUGGUGCGAGCUCUGCUCGAGUAUUCCCAGAGCCCGCAGAGCCGUGUGCUGUACGGCCUGUCUCUGGUAGCCGGGAUCUUCCUCAUGGAGCUGACGCGCUCCUGGUCUCUGGCGCUCAUGUGGGCUGUCAACUACCGCACUGCAGCGCGCCUCCGAGGGGCGGCUCUCACUUUUGCCUUUAACAAGAUUCUUCGCCUUCGCAGCACUAAAGACAUCAGUCCAGGAGAGCUGAUCAACAUCUGCUCCAGUGAUGGUCAGCGGCUGUAUGAAGCCGUAUCUGUGGGCUGCCUGCUGGCUGGGGGGCCCCUGGUGGGAAUACUGGGUCUGUCUUACACAGCAUACUUCUUGGGCCCCACUGCUCUGGUGGGGUCGGCUAUCUUCAUCCUCUUCUACCCUGUCAUGAUGCUCGCGUCGAGACUGACGGCAUAUUUCCGCAGGAAGUGCGUGGUGGUGACUGACCGGCGCGUGAGGCUGAUGAACGAGAUCUUGGGCUGCAUAAAGUUCAUCAAGAUGUACUGUUGGGAAGAUGCCUUUGCACAGAAUAUUCACAAGGUGCGAUCAGAAGAGAGGGGGAUAUUGGAGAAAGCCGGUGUCGUCCAGAGCCUCACAGUGGGCGUGGCUCCCAUUGUCGUGGUGAUAGCAAGCGCCUGCACUUUCACCCUGCACAUGGCUUUGGGCUAUGACCUCACUGCAGCUGAGGCUUUCACCGUGGUUGCAGUUUUCAACUCCAUGACAUUUGCUUUGAAAGUCACACCCUUGGCUGUGAGAUCGCUGUCGGAGGGAGCUGUUGCAGUCAAAAGAUUUCAGAGGCUCUUCAUGAUGGACGACAGAGAGGUCAUUCUCGUCAAAAUGGACGACCCCAGCAAUGCAGUGGAAUUUCAGGAUGCCACUCUGGCUUGGGAAAAAGCUCGUCCUCCGGCCGCAAAGCCCAACCACCCUCCCAAGAAGGGGCGAGGCAUGCGGCGUGUGCUGCGACGGGAGAAGCUCACCCUUUACAUCUCCACGGACGACAGCAAAGGAAGCAAGGAAAGUCCCACGGCGCAAAGCCUCCUCACAAACAUGGAGCAGGAGAGUCCGCAAAGCACCAUCUCCUCUACUCAGAGCAUACGACCUCCACUGCAUAAGACCCUGCACCGCAUUGACCUACGAAUUAAGACGGGUUCACUGGUGGGAAUCUGUGGAGGUGUUGGAAGUGGAAAAAGCUCUCUGUUGUCUGCCCUACUGGGACAGAUGACCUUAUUAGAAGGAAACGUAGCAGCCAGUGGCGGCUUCGCUUAUGUGUCACAACAAGCCUGGAUCCUUAAUCACUCACUAAAGGAAAACAUCCUUUUUGGAAACGAGUACGACCAAAACAAAUAUAACACUGUGCUUGAGGCCUGCUGUCUUCUCCCUGAUCUCGCAGAGCUCCCAUAUGGAGACAUGACAGAGAUUGGAGAGAGGGGUGCCAACCUGAGUGGAGGGCAGCGUCAGAGAGUGAGCCUGGCUCGGGCUCUCUAUAGUGAGCGGCCCAUUCUUCUCCUCGAUGACCCUCUCAGUGCUGUCGAUGCAUGCGUGGGCUACCAUGUCUUCCAUAAAGCUAUCAGGGGUUUCGCCAAAGGCAAGACGGUACUCUUUGUAACCCACCAGCUGCAGUAUCUGUCUGAGUGUGACAAUGUAAUCCUAAUGAAGGAUGGGCAGAUAUCCGAGUGCGGCACCCAUGCUCAGCUAAUGGCCAAAGAGCGUGACUAUGCCACACUGUUCAACAGCAUGCAACAGGAGAAUCUGGUUAAAGAGAAUUUAAAAAACAAACAGAACAGCGGGGUCGCAGAAAAGGCUGACAGCACCGUUAAUGUAGCUAAAGUCGGACCAAAGGUGGAAAGCAGCAAAGGAAAACAACUGAUGAGAGCUGAAGAGAAGGGCUCUGGUGCAGUCGCCUGGUCCGUGUAUGCUGCCUACAUCAAGGCUGCAGGCGGUCCAGUCAUCUUCCUCAUCAACAUCUUCCUCUUCCUGUCCACCACAGGCAGCAUAGCCUUCAGCAACUGGUGGCUGAGCCACUGGAUCAAACAGGGCAGUGGGAACACAUCCUUCAUCUCGGUGAACGAGACGACCUCAGGCAACAGUAUGAGACUCAACCCACACAUUCAGUAUUAUUCUGCUGUUUAUGUUUCGUCCAUGGGAGCGGCUUUACUGCUGAAGACAAUGAGAGGUCUCGUGUUUGUGAAGUGCACGGUGAAGGCUGCCUCCGUGCUCCACGACAAACUGUUCCGCCGGCUCCUGCUCAGCCCCAUGCACUUCUUUGAUACAACACCUCUGGGCCGCAUCCUGACCCGCUUCUCCAGAGACAUGGAUGAGGUUGACGUUCGUCUCACCAUGCAAGCUGAAAUGCUACUGCAGAACCUGACCCUGGUGCUGUUUUGCUUGGGGAUGGUGGGCAUCGUCUUCCCUUGGUUCCUUCUUUCCAUAUUUCCACUGGGAGCCUUCCUCUGCGUCGUCAACCGUGUCUCAAGGGUUCUGAUACGUGAGCUGAAACGCUUGGAGAACAUCAGCCAAUCACCAUUCACCUCUCACAUCACCAGCAGCCUGCAGGGACUCUCCACAAUCCAUGCCUACGGAAGAGGGCAAGACUUCCUCCAAAGAUAUCAGGAAUUACUGGACACAAACCAGGCCUCCAACUACCUCUUCAGCUGCGCCAUGCGAUGGAUGGCCGUCCGCCUGGACCUCAUCAGCAUCUCGCUUAUCACUGCUGUAGCACUUCUUAUUGUCUUCAUGCACAAUCAAAUACCUCCAGCGUACGCAGGCCUGGCCAUAUCGUAUGCAGUGCAGCUGACCGGCUUGUUUCAGUUCACGGUGCGGCUCCUCACAGAGACUGAAGCUAGGUUUACAUCAGUGGAGAGGAUCAAUCAUUAUAUAAAGACUCUGGAGAAAGAAGCACCCCGACUUAGUUCUGAGGAAGAUGCUCCCGCACCCUCCUGGCCUCAGCGAGGAAAGAUCACCUUCAAGGAUGUGGACAUGUGUUAUCGCCACGAUCUGCCGCUUGUGCUAAAGAACCUGUCCUUUACUGUCCUGCCUGAAGAGACCAUCGGCAUUGUGGGACGCACAGGAUCAGGAAAGUCAUCUCUGGGUGUAGCUCUGUUCAGACUGGUAGAGCUGGCCAAAGGCUCUAUUGUCAUUGACGGAAUCGAUAUUGCACAGAUUGGUCUGGAUGACCUGCGGAGCAAGCUAGCCAUCAUUCCUCAGGAGCCAGUGCUCUUCAUUGGGACAGUCAGGAGCAAUCUAGACCCCUGGGAUCAAUACACAGACUCUCAGAUAUGGGAAGCACUUGAGGAGACGCAUAUUAAGGAGAUGGUGGGCCAGCUGCCUCAUUCACUCCAAUCAGAGGUGACUGAGAACGGGGAGAACUUCUCAGUGGGAGAACGGCAGCUUCUCUGUGUGGCCCGAGCCCUGCUGCGAAACAGCAAGAUUCUUAUAUUAGAUGAAGCAACGGCAGCCAUCGACACAGAGACAGACCGUCUCAUUCAGGAGACCAUUCGCUCUGCCUUCGGCCGCUGCACCACCCUCAUCAUCGCCCAUCGUCUCAACACAGUGAUGAGCUGCGACAGGGUCAUGGUGCUAGACAACGGCCAGAUUUUGGAGUUUGACAGCCCCGCUGCCUUGCUGGCAGAUGAAAAAUCAAGAUUCAGAGCCAUGAUCGAAGCCUCAGAAAACCAAAGCAGAUAAAACACACUGGAGCAGAACUCUGGACGUGAGCGCUGACACAACGAAUAUUCAGGGAAACACCUGAAUUGCACAAAAAAACAUUAAAAUCAAUCCUGCCAUGACGUGCAAGUGUUGCGAAAUACAGAGGCUGCUCUGUUUAAUAAUAUCUGUUUAUUUUCAAACCAAAGAACAAGGGACCACGCUCCUGAACGACCCAUAAAAUCUUACUAUGCAAACAGAAGGAAACAGCUUCCUGCUCUUUGGUAAAAGAAUUAUUACCUGAGGGAAAUACAGUUAGCUGCAAGUGAAAAGGAGCAAUGACUCUAAUGACAGCACUUUAUUAUUCAUGUGGACACAUGGAAGACAUGUUAGACUUCCUCUCAUUCUGGAGGUGAGCUUAUCAGUGAGUAGUUCAUGUAUAUUUUCCAUAACUAGGACCUCAUGUUACAGGAAUUUAGUGACAACUUACAAAUGAAAAGUACUGAUUCUUCCAUUAAUUUUAUGUACAAGCGACAACCUUUAACCAUUCCUACAAUGGAUGUACUGUCUAAAAAUGUGCUAAAAUGUUAACUGUUUCUUUGUUUUAUGCACCUAGUUCAAUGUUAUAAUGCAGUAAUUUCAGGAAAUUAUUGCAGAUGCAAUAUGUGCCUAGAGCUGUAAACCUUUCAGGUCAUUUAAUGGAGUUAGCCAUGUAAGCAUGCUUUUUUAGACUGCAUGCUGGUACUGUGUUCUGGAGUGAGCUAAUGUCUCCUCUUAAUCCAAAUGCUGGAGUUUAAAAUCUGCACAUUUUACACUGAUGGAAGUAUUUUGUACUUGCAAUGUAAUCCCAGAGGCGAUAAAAAGUGAAGUUGCAGUAAAUGGUGGUACAAAAUAUUUAAUGUGCAGCAAAGUGAAAAACGAGAAACAUCAGGAUGUGUCUUCAAACUGUUUUUUGUCCACAAAGCUGGGGAUUAUAAACUUCUGCCUUAUAAUCAAGUAUGUGCUGAACAAUCAUGAAUCUUGCAAUAUCUCUUUAUUGCAUUGAUUUUUUUAAAGAUUGCCUUUGUAUACUUGAGAUUUUAAUGUUGUAAUGUUUUUUAAUGUUUAAUUUUGUCAUUAAGGCACUUGUUUGCAAUAAAAUGUUUUAUAUAUA